AUGCCCCCGGUGCCCCCUCACAACUUCUCCUGGGUGGAGCCGGGACUCCUGGCUGGCAUGGCCAUGCCUCGUCUCCCGGCACAUUAUGAGUACCUGUAUGAAAAUGGCAUCCGACAUCUGGUGACCCUGACUGAGAGCAAACCGCCGUACCACGACACCUGCCCGGGAAUCACCGCCCACCGCAUCCGCAUCAUGGACUUCUGUCCACCCAGCCUGGAGCAGAUCAAGACGUUCCUCAAGAUUGUGGACGAUGCCAAGGCCAAGGGAGAGGCGGUGGGAGUCCAUUGUUUGCACGGGUUCGGUCGGACCGGCACCAUGUUGGCGUGUUUCCUGGUCAGGACGAGGAAGAUCACCGGAGUGGACGCCAUCAAUGAAAUUCGCCAGCUGCGCCGCGGAUCCAUCGAGACCACCGAGCAGGAGAAAUCGGUGAUCCAGUUUCACCAUCACAUCAAGUAA